AUGGCUGGAGGUGCGGGUAGAGUAAUACAGCCAUAUUCGUGUCAUGAUCCAGUUACUGAUGAAGAAGGUGUUUGCAUGUUUUCCUGGAACUGUCAGAAUUCUAACGGAACACAUUUGACAUACUGUAUGGACAGAUUUUACUUUGGAAGCUGUUGUAAGCUUCCUCCAGGCGUAUACGUAGCAACGCCUCCUCCUAUUAUAUCUAACGAAGUUACUAUUCCAGAAAAAUUUAAGCCAAAACCUAGUACGACCAGCAGGCCGUUAACAGACAAGUUCAACGCAUUAGAUCCAAAGAAAACUACAAAUAAAUUUCAACAGGGAAUUACAAAACCGACGAAAGGAACGGAUUUUCCACCUGGUCUUGUAACGUGGAGGCCUUUAGAAGAAACAGUAACCACUGAAGCUCCUAUUAAGAAGAAACCUACUAAGGUGUUUUCCACUAAACCAUUGCUUACAAGCUCUACUGCGGCACAAGCAGAAAGUUCUACUAGAAGAUCAACUCAAAAGCCAGUUGUGACUGCUUCGUCAACAGUUACUAGAAGAAGAACAAGACCUACCCGACCCCACGGCUCCACUGUGAAACGCAGGAGGCCAACUAGACCAUCUUCCGUCAGAAAUAGCACUUCUACUAGUGUGACUAUAAGAAGAACCAAACCAACACGUCCCUCUUAUCGACCCUCUACUAACUUUGAAAGAGUCACCUCUCAGUACUCAACGAGCACAAUUGGCACUUGGUCAAACAUUCUCGACAAAACUACCCGUCCUCACUUAAUUUUUACGACUAGAAAACCAACUCCAUCUACAACAACGAGACGAGAACCUCUGUCAACUACAGCUCGACCAUUUACAACAAGAACAACCCCAUCUACAACCACAAGAAGAGAACCUCCGUCUACUACAGCGCGACCAAUUACAACUAGAACAACCCCAUCGACGACCACUAGAAGAGAACCUCCGUCUACUACAGCUCGAACAACUGUAACAAGAACGACUCCUUCUACAACGACAAGAAGAGAAACUCCGUCUACAACUGUUCGAACAUUUGUAACAAGAACAACUCCAUCUACCACAACACGAAGACAAACUCCAUCAACCACAACAAGAAGACAAACUCCAUCGACCACAGCUCGAACAACUGUAACGAGAACAACUCCAUCUUCAACGACACACAGAGUUGUCACUACUCGUGGACCAAUUAUCCGAACAACAACGAAAGCAACUCAAACUUAUGGGCAUCUAAGUACGCGAAGACCUACAGAAGUUCCAAUUAGUAGGAGACCCACAAUUCCAGUGAGAAUUCAAACUCCAUUUAGUACUAGAAAACCAUCACCUGUAGUACAGACUCGACCAACAUUGCCUCCGACGUUUUCAUACACAAUAAAAAAUAUUUUGGAAGAUGACGAAACUACAACUGAAGUCAUUACGUUCCCUCCAUUUCCUGGUGUCACAAAAAAAUCCACAUCCGGUGUGCCUAUUACCAGAACUACACCGAAACGACCAACGGUAACACCAAAGCCAAGACCUAGUAGACCUUCAAUAAUCACUAGUAUAACUGAGAAAACGACUUCUGUGCCAACUACAGCUGUUCCUACUACUACAGAGAAGAAAACUCCGAGUCAAGACUACACAACAGAACUUCCUGAUACUCGCACUGCCACUACAGAGGAUAGUUUAUCCACCAUUAGCUCAAGCAGUGGAUUAGCUACUUCAACGCUUAACCCAAACAUUGCUCAAACAACAAAUCUCGGAGAAGACACGACUGAACAAAGGUUUACUAUGACUAACACUAAAAUAACAUUACUUGAUCACUCUCCCUCGGCAUAUCGUCCAGUUCAAGUUUUGUAUGACGCAAAUGGGAAUGAAAUUCACGUAGACGACCAGUCUACUGACGUUACUGCUUCAGAAACAGAUUAUACUCAAAAUGAAAAAUAUUCAACUUCUAGAGAUUGGACAUCGAAUGACACACUAACUGACAUCGAAACCAAAAGCAGCCAUGAAGGAUUCGGAACGACGUAUACGCUUUUUACAACUAAUGUGCCAACAGUAACUACAGACAAAUUUACUGAAAUCGAAGAAACAACUACAACAGAGAAACCCACAGAAGAAAGCCAUAUUAAGCAGCAUUCAACAACAGAAAUGCCUGACAGAAGUGAAAGUUUCAGUACUGUGCAUGAUGAAACUGUCUUUGGGUUAUCUGACUCCACUACUACAGUGAAAAAACAAGAGGACGCCUUAUCAACAAGUCAAACAUUCUAUACUACGAUAGCUGAAAAAGACAAAACAGAUGAAACAGCCUAUGACAAUACAUUAUCGAAGACAACAACGCAGGGAAUUUUCGAUUUUUAUGAAUUUCCCGAGAUGGAGAGUAAACAAAACAAGACCUCAGUUCCCAUCACCAUGAUUGACAAUCAUAGUUCAUUUCCAAAAACAGAAAAGCCGUCAAGUCAAAGUUAUAGUAAAACAACGACAUCAAGUCCGUACAAUAAAAAGAAGCCCGUUUUGCACGACACCUAUCCCGAUGAAGAUAUUUAUGACAUUUAUGAUUAUUAUGAUGAAAUAUUUGAGCCUCAUGAUUUCCGUCAAAAAAUUCAGUCCACGAUUAAAGAUUCCAACAUAGAACAAAAAACGACACUGGAACCCUUAGUAUCGGAAAGUCUCCUACCUAUUUACGAAGCUCUGGUCCAGAAACCUAAUUCAUCGCAUGUAUACCAAGAAGAUCAACAAACAAAACAUUCAACAUUAAUGCAUCAAAACUUCCCACCAGUGUCUACAAAUCCUCCUCAUAAACCUGUAUUCGAACUAGAGCAAGAAAAUAUUCUAACUUCUAAAAGUCCUCAUGUACCAGAAACCCUAGAUCAACAGAAAAUACCUUUAACAGAUGCACAAGUUCAGUUGAACCAAGAGGAAACAAAUGAAAUACAUCAAUCUUUCGUGACACCUUCUCAGGAUAUUUUUUCGGAAAGCACAACCGAGCGUAGUGAAACAGGAAGUAUAUUGGACCAAACUCAGGCACAAGAAAUCAACACUAAAACAAAAUAUCCUACAACUUCUAAAAGUCCAAAUGAGAACGUUGAUUUAUUUACUAUACCUUAUGAUGUAAAUUUUGCUGAUAGGUUAACUACAAUAAGUGUUGAUAGUGAUUUAGAAGAAACGGUUCUUGAAAAUGUGGAUAACAACUCUACAAGUGACACUAAAACAACCAUUGUUACUAUUGAUAAUCAUAAACCGCCAACAACUGAUGAUAAAUUAUUCGAUUCAAAGAUUUCUACACCAUUUUCUUCUGAAGACUUGGAAAAGGACAUUCAGUCUCAUAUAACAAAUCAUUUCGAAAAAGGUUCCACUACAACCAAAUAUUUUCCCACCAAAGAAAUUUUAAUUGAAACAAAACAGCCAUCACAUGAAAUUACAGGCGAUAAUUUUCAUAUUGAACAAACAACAGAAGAUUUUUCAACAAAACGUCAAACAGUUCGGUAUCCUUUUCCCACGAUACACAUGCAAUAUACAACAAAAUACCCUUGGAGUACUCAAUCAAAUAUUCUACAAGAGGAAACUACAAAAUAUAAUCCUCACAGUAACAACAAUGAUGAAACCUCUGCAAAUAUUGAACCAGAAAUUUCGGAAGCGUUAACACAGCUUUUAACUACAAAAGGUGUAUACUCUUCUCCUGACCACGAAACGAAGACUACAGCAAAACCGACGAGUGAUACUCAGCAGGACUUAUUAACUUCAUCAACACAUGAAGAAAGUAUCAUGGAUUUUACAAAAAAUACAGUGAUGGAGAACUCAGGUUCAGAAGAUACUAGAUGGCCAAUAUUUUCAGAGGUUACAAAGAAAUACCCAUCCACAAUUGCCGACUCAUUUAACACGUUGACGGAUAUGGUAGAUGAAUCACGGAUAAAAACACCUUGGAAUGAGGUAAGCACAAAUAUUUUUACUGAAGAUCAAAAAACUACAGCAAAUCGUCAAACCAUCAAAACAACACACGUUGGUGGAGUGACGAAUCCUAUGACAGAAACUGAAAUCAUGAGCACUACAGAUGAUCUAUUCGCAGAGAUGACAAUUUCUACUCAAGAAACUACUCAGCAGUUAAACGAAUCAGUAAAUCAGGAAACAACAAACCUAUUCGAAUCAACUACAAAUUUACCAACAAGCAUUAAACAAGGCACUGCAUCCACUACUACUGAAACUACAAAUGGAGCUAUGACAACAACUGCAAUUCCCAGUACAACAGAAAUUGAUCUUGCAUCAGCAGAUUAUAAAGAAGUGUGUGGUCGACCGAUGCCAGGACCUGUAGGAAGAAUUGUUGGUGGCGGAAAUUCCUAUUUUGGUGAAUGGCCAUGGGUGGUUUCCUUGAGGCAAUGGAAAAAGAACACUUUCCUUCAUAAAUGCGGUGCCACGCUUUUGAAUGAAUUCUGGGCAAUUACUGCUGCUCACUGCGUUGAAAACGUGCCUCUGACAGAUAUACUUCUUCGAUUGGGUGAAUAUGACAUCAGCCAUGAAUAUGAACCUCUUCCUUUCGUUGAAAGGCGAGUUCAGAUCGUUGCAUCCCAUCCCCAAUUUGACCGGAGGACAUUCGAAUACGAUUUGGCACUCUUGAGGUUCUACGAGCCAGUUACCUUCCAAAAGAAUAUUUUGCCUGCUUGUGUACCUACUGGUAAUAACUCCUAUGUCGGAAAGUAUGCAACUGUUACAGGAUGGGGUAGAUUAUAUGAAGAUGGACCAUUACCUGAUGUCAUUCAAGAAGUAGCUCUACCCGUUAUCACCAACAAAGUUUGUGAAAAUAUGUACAGGCAAGCCGGAUUCGUUGAAGAUAUACCGGAUAUUUUCAUCUGUGCCGGAUAUGGAGAUGGCGGAAAAGAUUCUUGUGAAGGAGAUUCCGGUGGACCAAUGGUAAUUCAAGAAGAGGAUGGGCGUUGGGUAUUGGCUGGAGUAAUAUCUUGGGGCAUUGGAUGUGCGCUGCCAAAUCAACCUGGAGUCUACACCAGAAUCACUAAAUUUGCGGAAUGGAUAAACCAAAUUAUUAUAUUCUAGAUCACUUUGGAGAAAAAUACUGAAGAGACAAAUCCAUUAAAGAAU